GUGUUCUCAGAGCUACUGCUGUCAGGUGGAGGUGGACGGCGAGGACGUGGGAGCGUGCACCGCCCACACCUUCACCUGUGGGGCGGGCGUCGGACUCUUCCUCAGGGUCAGAGAGAGUCAGGUGUUGUUUGUCGCAGGUAAAACGAAGGGCUGCUUCUAUCCUCCCCCGUUUCUGGAUGAUUACGGCGAGACUGACCAAGGCCUAAAGCGCGGAAACCCCCUCCACCUGUGUUUGGAGCGAUACCGGAAGAUCGAGCGCCUGUGGCGGCAGCACGGCAUCCCGGAGGUCAUCGGUCACGCUCAGGAGGCCAACCAGACGCUGGUCGCCAUUGACUGGCAGCAUCUGUGAUGUUAGACUCCUCCCACACUCAGGAGCCAGUCACCUGAUUGGCUCUCAGCCUUUGCCCCUCAUCUUAACUCUUGCAGGGAUUUUUUUUUGUUUUUUAAACGUGUGAUUGGCUUGCUAACGAGUUUACCUUUUAAAGGAGCGACGCUUUUCCUCCGUCAGCUGAUGAGUUUAAAUGAAGAAUGGAAGUGUUGGUCUCCAUGGCAACAGGAUGGAGCGGCGUAACACCUUAUAGACUCUUGUCAUGUGACAUCAGAGGAAACGCUGCUGGUGUGUAAAGGGACUUCCUGUUUACAGAUGAACACAAUUUUACUUAAAAAAAUAAAAGACAACCUUAAAAGUU